AUGUGUAGGGGAAGAAAGCAAGACAUCAAUCAACAACACAUCACCCAAACGUCAAUCCUCAAGCAUACUCAGCCUCAAGGCUUCCUUGCCACAAUUACGUCUCUACUAUCUAAACUAUCAGCCUUCAUCCAGAAGCUGAAAAUGUUCGGUCUCGACGCCCCUCGUAUCACCCGCCGCGACUCAAAGACCACCUUGCGGUCCAACAGCACUUGCACGUCAUCGGAAGCCUCUGUCAUGUCAGAGAAGAAGCCUAUACUGGCGGCUAAGGAGGACCUGAAGAAGAAGCGUGCACUUCAGGCUGCUGAUAUCAAGGAGCGGAAAGAUUUUUACCUGGCUGCCAGCACUGUGUUUUCGUUGAAGGGGUAGACACCGUCAACAUCAUCAAUGAAUCGAAUAAUAUCACCACAAUACCAAAAUCACAUUGUCAUAUUGCGGCCAUUUUGUGACCGCGAACAAAAGCUUUAUUACGGCAGACCUCACUUUCUCAUGUAUCAAUAUUAAUAUUGAUAUCUCACACGACAUCGAUGAUACCAUUACAGAUUUCUUCAUUCGGGCGUCUGGAGUUUUGGUUAAAUUUAUUGUUAUCCACACAUAUUGAAAUAAUGGGUGGAAUAACUAGAUCUUAUGGUUUAAAUGAUUCAAUUGUUUAGUUUUAGAACG